CAAUGGCUGACUUCGACACAAUUUAUGAAGAAGGUGACGACGAAGAACCGAUUCCUGACGAUUUUGUGAUACCCGUGCCCGACCCAAUAGUGGUGAGGGGUGGGGGAAAUGUCACCAUAUUUGGUCUUAGUAAUAAAUUUGAUACAGAAUUUCCACCAAGUCUUUCAGCAAAGGUAGCACCCGAGGAGUUUAAAGCUACCAUGGUCAGGUUAAAUAGUGUAUUAAAAAAAUCUUUACCAGUGAAUGUGAAAUGGUUAUUUUGUGGGUGUGUUUGUUGUUGUUGUACUUUAGGCUGUUCGUUGUGGCCAGUUGUUUGUCUCAGUAAAAGGACGCGGCAUGCUAUAGAAAAAUGUUUAGAUUGGGAAAAUAGUCAUUUAUAUCAUAAACUUGGUUUACAUUUUCGAUUAAAUAAACAACGUUGUGAUUCCAGUAGUAUGAUGGAAUAUGUAUUAUUAAUAGAAUUUAUUCCUAAAGUUCCGAUAUUUCGGCCAGAUUAACAAAGUGUAUAGUGUAGUGUAGUAUAGUGUAGUUUGUAUAUAACUGACAGAAGAUGUAAAUAAUAUUCUACAGACUGAACCAGAGAAUUCCAUCAUUCAUUCAUCCUAUUUUAUUCAUCCUUGAUUCACUCAGUCGACUUCGAUUCAAUAAGACAAGAUUCUUGAUUAAUUAUGUCUGUUAAUAAUAAGUGUAAAAAUUUUAAAGUUUGUUUCUAUGGUGAGUAUUGUUUAAUCAAUCAUGACUUGACAGAAACGGUGCC